AGAUCUCUGGUUGAGGUUGGGAAAAUAAAAGGGUUAAAAGUGCGCAUGCGAGGUUAUGCCUGCCUGCUAUACCCCUGACAACAACACACAACUCAGGAAGAUAUGAUGGCAGACUCCGGACCCAAGGAAGUAGCGGUGAUCGGGAACACCGACCUCACCUCGGCAGAACUAGAUAACAACAUUAAAAACACGAUGGUUGAGAUUGAAAAAGGGACGAGUCUUCUAAGAAAGAUGGAGAUCAGCGUUGCAGAGGCAGAGAAAAGGACUGGGAAGAAUACAGUCAACAUGCAGGAGCUAUACACUGUUUAUCUAAUUGAGACACGGCCGGUUGAUGCUCUGACAGAAGGUAUAACCCCAGACUCCUUAUGGCGGAGAUACAGCGAGUUUGAGCUACUCAGAAACUACCUGUUGGUCACCUAUCCCUUUGUCGUUGUUGCCCCAUUACCUGAGAAGAGGGCAGAGAUUGUGUGGCACAAGCUGUCGGCGGACAACAUGGACCCAGAAUUUGUGGAGAGGAGGAGGGUUGGACUGGAAAACUUCCUGCACCGAGUCGCCUCCCACCCAGUUCUCUGCAAUGACAAUAUCUUCUAUAUCUUCCUCACUGAGCAGGAUAAAGAUUGGAAGGAAAUGGUGUACGAGACAGGAUUUCAAGCAAAGGCUGAUUCCAGGUUGAAAGCUGUGAAUGCAGCAUUCAGGGUGAAGAAUCCAGAUGGAAGGUUUACAGAGUUGAAACACUACAGUGACGAUCUACAGACUGUACUCUCCCAGCUGCUGAGAGUACGGGCAAGGGUAGCAGAUCGACUGUAUGGGGUGUACAAAGUGCAUGGAAACUAUGGACGAGUCUUCAGUGAGUGGAGUGCCAUUGAGAAAGAGAUGGGAGAUGGACUACAAAGUGCUGGCCAUCACAUGGAUGCGUAUGCUGCUUCUGUAGAUGAUAUUCUGGAGGAGGAGGAGCACUAUGCUGAUCAGCUGAAGGAGUACCUGUUCUAUACUGAUGCACUAAGGGCGGUAUGCAGAAAGCAUGAGUUGACACAGUUUGAGCUGGAGAUGGUUGCACUGGACCUAGCCUGUAAGAAACAGCAGAAGGAGGAACUGGUCACUGGGACUGUGCGGACGUUCUCACUGAAGGGGAUGACCAGUAAGCUGUUUGGCCAGGAGACUGCAGAGCAGAGGGAGGCUAAGUUACAAGUGUUAGAACAGCAGCUAAAGGAGGGAGAGGAGGCUGUUAAAGAGAAGAACACCGAGAGCGAUGAGUUUGUGAAGACUGCCUGGGUAGACAUUGAACGCUUUAAGGACCAGAAGGACCGGGACCUGAAGGAGGCCCUAAUUAGCUAUGCGGUCAUGCAGAUCAGCAUGUGCAAAAAGGGAAUACAAGUGUGGACCAACGCAAAGGAGUGUUUCAACAAGAUGUGAUCUUCAAGGCCAAAGCAGACCCUUCAAAAGAACUGCCAGAACAGGCUUAUCUUCAGGGGACUUGCAUCCCAAAUGGCACUCUUUUCUCUAUAUAUUGCACCACUUUUGACCAGAGCUCUGUGGAGUCUAUGCACUAUAUAUAGGGAAUAGGGUUAUUUUUGGGACUCAUUCCUGGACAUUCAUUCUGCUGAAGUAGCCAUGGCAGCAUACUGAGGUGUUUUGAUCAGUUAUGCACCAGAAGAGAAUCAGUUUAUUCCUUUUCUAUGUCUUUAUCAUGUCUGAUUGCUGGCUGCUUAGAUUAGUCCACUUGCAAUUGCAGUUUUUUCUCAAAUGUAUGUGUUUUUUCGUACACAUUUAAUUUUGCUGAAACGUGGAUUUUGUAAGGAAAAUCACUAAGCACUUUCACUGUGUUUAUAGCAAUGCCAAGAAAUGUGGACUGAAGCUAAUUUUCCAAUGCUGCCUUUUACAAUGUUCAAAAUAAGGUAAUGAGAUUUGUUCUAUAAGAACAAUAUUCUUUACUUUUUUGUUAUUUUCAUGCAUACUUUACUGAUUGUGCUUUUGUAAAUGUUUUACUCUUUUGAGUGGACAGUGUGGUUGGUAUAUUGAAGUUUCUGUUUUCUCUACUCUCUCAUUGCAUUGUCCCAGUGUACUAAAUAAGUGGUUCAACCUUUUCAGAUGUUUUUGUAUAUUUAAAGGCCUUACUGUACUUUGCCAUUCAAGGUUGUAAUCUGGCACUUGGUCUUAAGUAGCCACCAUGAUGAAUGGCAGGGUUGUCAUUUCUAAAGAGUGGGUGGGUGGUUCAGUGUUUUUUGAUAAAUCUAGCCAAAGGAAUAGGAAGGUCACAGGACAGGCAGGAUGUGAUAAUUGCCUUAUGUUGGUGCUGUAUGUGUACGGGGAUGCGGUCCAAAUGGCUCCCUAUUCCCUAUGUAGUGUACUACUUUUCAAAUGUAGUGCACUGUAUAUAGGGAAGGGUGCAAUUUGAGACAACCCCUGGCCUCUUGUAUUUUAGUUCACUCUAAGGGCCAGGGGAGGAGGUGUAAUGUUAAUCAUUAAUUUGGUAUGAGAUCAGAGCACUGGCAGGAAAUUAUACUGUUUAUGCAGUUGUAAUCAUUGUGCCAAAAAUACACUAAUAAAUAUGAAGUCUAGUUAUCA